AUGUCGCCAGUUCCUCCAGAGCCCACGCCGUCACGCGCGCCACCCUCACUGACAACAGCAACGCGUGAAGCUGAGCCGACGUCAACAACAAGCUCCGGCUUCCCCAAAGUCAAACUACGCCUCGAACUCCGCGAUCUCUCCCACAAAUCCACCGACCUCUUUCUCAAGAACUUCAACAGCGCCAAAGAUUUUGCAGAUCUAGUCGAGAUUGUUGAGAAGCAGCUCUACACCCGUCCCAACCAUGACGAUGCAUCGACAACAAGAGUACCCAUACCCCCGCAUACAAAGAUCCCUGGCACGCGAUCCGUCACAUUGAUCUUACGCGACAUGGAUGGCGUAGCAUACACCACUGGCUCAGACAUCGACAACGACCAUAAGGAAAUUCAUCUCUCGUUGUCUUACCUCAACCAUGUCGCAUCACAGAAAGCUAGUUACUCUGCCCGCACUGAGCUUCUCGGCGUCGUCUGCCACGAGCUUGUCCACUGCUUCCAGUGGAAUGCCAGAGGUACCUGUAAUGGAGGUCUCAUCGAAGGCAUUGCUGAUUGGGUUCGUCUCAAUGCUGGGUUCAUACCUCCACACUGGAAGAAAGAGGCUGGCAAGAGCUGGGAUGCUGGUUAUCAAAACACUGGUUACUUCCUUGAUUGGAUUGAGAAGACCAGAGGCACUGGCAGUGUUUACAUGAUCAAUCAGGCAUUGCACCAUAAGAAAUACGAUAACAGCACGUUCUGGAAGGAUUUGUUCGACCAGAGCGUUGACAGUCUUUGGCACGAGUACGUUGAGUCGUUGAAGAAGCCCAAGGGUGAGUCCGAGAGCUAUGACGAUCCCAACCUGAAAAUGCAGAUUCGUAUCAAGAAAGAGAUAGAAGGACACAGUUGA